AAUUAGAGAGGAGGUAAGAGCAACAGGAGUUAAGAAUACAUGAGGUGAACAAAAGUUAGUGACCCCAUACUAGAUUAUACUUUAUUCACCAUAACUUGCAAAAAAGUAAUAGUAAAGUGAAUAUAAUUUAAAAUGAAUAGAUACAUGACAUAACUGAUGUAAAUAAUUAAUUCAUCCGAAUCAUUUAUCAAUUUAUCCAAGCUUGAUUUGCUGAAAUAUAAAAAGAACCACUAAUUCAUAUGAAAACAAAAAAUUGGUCCUCGGUCCUUUUAUCCGUAAUGGACUGCACUCAACGCGCCGAUUACCCCAAUAAAAACAUAUUAAAUUAACUAUAAUUUAUAUAAAACCCAUAACAAUUCGGAUUUGUUUAUAUUAGUAUUAUAAUUAUUAAUUUGAUCUAGUUAAUUUACGACAAUUAUUGCAAUAACUUAUUCAUUAGAUAUACAAAAAUGGUUGCCGAUACACUUGUUUAUCAUCCAACAGUUACUAAGUUAAUUACUUUUAUAGAUAGUACUCCUAAAAGAGAAAAAUCAUUUAGAUUAUUAGCAUAUUUGUCAAGAUUCUUAGCUUUCUAUGCUGAAAGAAAGGGUUAUUCACUUGAAACAAUUAAAUUAUUUGCUAAUUUAAAGCAACAUUUCACAUUUAUCAGAAAAGGUUUAAGAUUUUUAAAGCCUUUGAAUCAUUUACAAGCUGCUUCUAAAUUUUAUGAUAAUAAAUUAUUAGAUCCAGUAUUACAAUCAACUUCAAUUAUUAGUAAUUUAGGUUAUGCUGGUUAUUUAACAUUAGAUUCUAUUACAUGGUUUAAAAUGUUAGGAAUUAUUGAUACUAAGAAAUUCCCAACUGUUUCUAAAUGGGCUUCAAGAUUCUGGUUACUUGCUUUAUUAGCAGGAAUUGUAAAUUCAUUACAUAUAAUUACUUCAUUAACUUCUCAAAAAUCAUCUACUAAAGAUGAAGAUGAAAAAGUUGAUACAAAGGCUAUUGAAAGUAAACUUUAUAAAGCCAAGAGAAAAUUGGUCUGGCACCUUUUGGAUUCAUUUAUUUGUCUUAAUACAUUAGAUAUCUUACACUUUACUGAAGGUGAUAUUGGAUUAGCUGGUAUUAUUACUUCAGUUAUGGGUUUAAAGGACUUAUGGGAGCUGACUCCUUAGUGUAAAAUUAUAUCUUAGAACAAAUAUACUUAUAUACCUUACAUAGUACUAGUUAAUAUAUUAUUUAUUAUUAUUUAU